AAAAAAUGACAGUUCGUCGUGACAGCAGGACAAGUGUUAUUUUUCUUGAGGUUAUGUUGUGUGAUACGUAAACAAAACCUGGUUUUUAUCUAAUACCUCUACACAAAAAAAAUAUUUUAAGCUAGCAAAAUGAAGAAAGAAGAAGUUCAAGAAAUCUUUUUAAAAAUUAUGAAAGAAGAGGAAGAUGUUUCAGCAGGAGUAGCUGCCAUAAGAACUCUUUUAUCUGUGAUAGAGAAUUACAAAGUGACAACAGUCAGAGAGCUGGAUCUGAACAUGCAGCUGGCUGUGGAAGCCAUGAAACACUGCGACCAGCCCGUCACCGCCAUCUCCUCCGGUUGUGAACUGUUCAUGAGGUUCAUUACAUUCGCCAAACUUGACUUUACGGACUUUGAAGAAUGUGAACAAAUUAUGCUGCAGCGAGGGAAUAUAUUUUUAAAUACAUUACUGGAAGCGAGAGGGAAGGUAGCUAAACAAGCCAUGCCAUUUAUAACUGAUGGAUGUAAAAUAUUAACACAUUCUCGAUCAAGGGUAGUAUUACAAGCCAUGCUGGAAGCAGCUAAAGCUAACAAAAGAUUUGAAGUGUAUGUCACAAUGUCCUGUCCAGAUAACUCUGGCGAGCUGAUGCACAAGCAGCUGGUGGCGGGCGGGGUAGACGCCACGCUGAUCCUGGACUCCGCAGUCGGGUACAUCAUGGAACAGGUCGACAUCGUCAUGAUCGGGGCCGAGGGUGUUACCGAGAGCGGCGGCAUUAUUAAUAAAAUUGGCACCUAUCUACUAGGAAUGGCAGCUCUAGAGCUUAAAAAACCCGUCUACGUAUUGACAGAGAGCUUCAAAUUCUCAAGGAUAUACCCUCUCGACCAGCAAGACUUACCCAAGGAGUUCAAAUACCUAUCUAGUGUCCUCAAAUCCGGCAAAGAUCUAUCAAAAGAGCACCCUCUAGUGGACUACACGCCGCCCGCGUAUAUCACGCUUCUGUUCACUGAUCUAGGAAUAUUGACACCCUCAGCUGUUAGCGACGAACUUAUAAAGUUGUAUUUGUAAAUAUUUUUAAUAAACCUAUUUGUAAGA